GAAUAUAAUUUUGUAGAACAUAGAAUGAUAUUUGCAAACGGAAUACUCGUAUUGGCCAGUUGUGUAUUGUUGGUCACGGGAAAUGCCUCGAAAGAACGUGUUGAGCUUGACGAAGCAUUAGAGCGCGAAGUCCGCGAAAUAUCUAACGGAGAUGAAGAACUGGCCGGGGCGCUAUCUGAGAUGAAGCGGGGUUACUUGGAGGCAGUCGAUGAGGUGCUUGAUGAUCACGAACGAGCUCUGUCAUUACAUCAGCGGGACCUGCUCAGCGAUGAAGAACUGCAUGAGGUCGCCAGGCGGUCCCUAGAAGAUGUGGAAGAAAAUAUUUCAAAAAGGGCACUUGUCUUCUUGGCGACCCGUGCCGCAGUCACCAAAGAAAAGAAAAAAGAAGGCGGUAACAAGACGUGGAUUGCAUUCAAGAAAUUUUUUAAACAAGGAGCAAAGAUUGCCGGAAAAGCCCUCAAGAAAGCUGCUCUCUUCCUAAUCAAGAAAGGCUCCAAGGCACUCUCCAAGACCGUGAAAAGCAAGGCCAAAAAAUGGUUCGACAAGGGUGGCAAGAAGAAAAAACUGGACAAGAAGACGGAGGCUGAGUUGGCAGCGGUUCUAGCGUAAGAAAGCAAUCACCAGCUUUUCUUUCUCUUUCUGUAUCAUAUUUCGUGUUGUAAUCAUAUAGCUUCACCCGGAAUAAAAUGACAAUGAGUCAAA